AUGAGUACCUCAGGAAGUGCUGCACCUGGAAACGGCGCAGAGCAGCCCAGGAAUCUGCCCAGGGAAGACGAUUACAUACAGUGGCCCUGUCUACCGCCUGGAGGACCCUUGAAUCGGUGGUCUCAUGCCAUCACAAGGGACCAUGACUUUCCUGCGGCCAAGGCUAUGCUGUACGCCGCCGGUGUACAGGGCCAACGGGCCAUGGAGACUGCCCCUCAGGUGGGCAUUGCAACGGUCUGGUGGGAAGGCAACCCAUGCAAGCAAAUGAUGGACCUGGGCAAGAUCGUCAAGAAGUCCGUAGAGAAGCAGGACAUGCUGGCCUGGCAGUUCAAUACCAUCGGAGUCAGCGACGGUAUCACAAUGGGCAGUGACGGGAUGCGCUACUCCCUCCAGUCACGAGAGAUCAUAGCCGACUCCAUCGAGUCAGUGACCUGCGCGCAGCGUCACGACGCCAACAUCUCCAUUCCCGGAUGUGACAAGAAUAUGCCUGGUGUGGUCAUGGCCGCAGCCCGCCACAACCGGCCCUUCAUUAUGAUCUAUGGCGGGGCCAUCCGCAAGGGCCACAGCGCCCUCCUCGACUCUGAGGUCAACAUCUCGACCUGCCUCGAGGCGCGCGGUGCCUACACCUACGGAAAACUGCAGGCCAAGUGUCCUAAGGCGAACGGGGACCCCGCCACGCCGGCAGACGUGCUCGAGGACCUGGAGCUGCACUCGUGUCCCAACUCGGGCGCCUGUGGUGGCAUGUACACGGCCAACACGAUGGCGACCGCGAUCGAAGCCAUGGGACUGAGCCUGCCCGGCAGCAGCUCGUACCCUGCCACCUCGCCCGAGAAAGCCAGAGAGUGCGAGAGAGCGGCCGAGGCGAUCAAGCUCGUCAUGGAGAGGGAUAUCCGACCACGGGAUUUGAUGACCAGGGCCGCCUUUGAGAAUGCCCUGGUGCUGACCAUGGCGUUGGGCGGGAGCACGAACGGGGUCCUGCACUUCCUGGCCAUGGCCAGCAGUGCCGACGUGCCGCUCACGCUGGACGACAUCGACAGGACGAGCAACCGAAUCCCCUAUCUCGCAGACCUGCAGCCGAGCGGGAAGCACAUGAUGGAGGACCUGUACCGUGUGGGUGGCACGCCCAGUGUGCUGAAGAUGCUCAUCGCCGCAGGCCUGAUUGACGGGAGUCUCAUGACUGUCACAGGCAAGACGCUCGCCGAGAACUGCGCCGCGUGGCCCUCGCUCGACCCGGGCCAAAAGAUCAUCCGGCCGCUAGACGACCCCAUCAAGAAGACAGGCCACCUGCGCGUGCUCCGUGGCAACAUCGCGCCGCACGGUGCAGUGGCCAAGAUCACGGGCAAGGAGGGCCUGUCGUUCACCGGUAAGGCGAAAGUCUUUGACAAGGAACACGAGUUGGACUCGGCGUUGAAAAGGGGGGACAUCAAGGCGACGGACGGGAACAUGGUCCUCAUCGUACGGUACGAGGGUCCUCGCGGUGGGCCCGGGAUGCCAGAGCAGCUGACAGCCAGCGCUGCCAUCAUCGGCGCUGGCCUCAAGAACGUCGCUCUCAUCACAGACGGACGAUACAGCGGUGCCAGCCACGGCUUCAUCGUCGGCCAUAUUUGCCCAGAGGCGGCCAUGGGCGGUCCCAUCGCGGUGCUGAGGGACGGCGAUGAGGUGCGGAUCGACGCGACGGAGAACAGGAUUGACGUGCUGAAUGUGACCAUCGAGGAGCUGAGGGAGCGGAAGAAGGACUGGAAGCCACCCGUCACAAAACCGCUCAGGGGAACGCUGGCCAAGUACGCAAGACUCGUCGGCGAUGCGAGCCAUGGGGCCGUGACAGAUAUGGUCGAGCCCCCGGGAAGCUCAGAGUGGUAA